CUUCUCUCCUGCCUUUUUUCCUUCAGACACUUGGAUUGGACUUAAUCUUAAACCUCUGGAGUUCAAGACCUUUUAAAAAGGGCUAAAUAAACAAUCUCUUCAUCUGAAAGGCCAAUGACUCCUACUUCCUCUGCUCAGAGCAACUGUUGAACCCAGCUGCCUGUAGGAAAACUGAAGACUUUAAUAACAAACCCUCCAAGGUCAAAAUGAAUACAGAUAGCGGUGGGUGUGCUCGCAAACGUGCCGCCAUGUCUGUUACAUUAACAUCUGUGAAGAGAGUUCAGAGUUCUCCAAACCUAUUGGCUGCAGGGCGUGAUUCUCAGUCACCAGACUCAGCUUGGAGAUCUUACAAUGAUCGAAAUCAAGAGACACUGAACGGAGACGCUACAUAUUCCUCUCUUGCAGCAAAAGGGUUUAGAAGCGUUCGACCAAACCUACAAGAAAAAAAAUCACCAACUCAGAGCCAGAUAACAGUGAAUGGAAGCUCUGGAGGGGCUGUGAGUCCAAUGAGUUACUACCAAAGGCCAUUUUCCCCAUCAGCUUACUCUCUACCAGGCUCACUCAAUUCCAGCAUUAUCAUGCAGCAUGGCCGGUCACUUGAUUCCACAGACACAUAUCCCCAGCAUGCGCAAUCUCUGGACGGCAGCAUGGGCAGCUCCAUACCACUGUACAGAUCCUCAGAGGAAGAGAAGAGAGUGACGGUCAUCAAAGCCCCGCAUUACCCGGGGAUCGGGCCCGUGGAUGAAUCUGGAAUCCCCACGGCAAUUAGAACGACAGUUGACAGACCAAAGGACUGGUACAAGACAAUGUUUAAGCAAAUUCACAUGGUGCACAAACCAGAUGAUGACACAGACAUGUAUAAUACUCCUUAUACAUAUAAUGCAGGCCUGUACAACUCACCCUACAGCGCUCAGUCACAUCCUGCUGCAAAGACCCAGACCUACAGACCCCUCUCCAAAAGCCACUCUGACAAUGGCACCGAUGUCUUCAAGGAUGCUCCCCCCCCCAUCCCUCCCCCACAUGUUCCUCCUCCAGUCCCACCAUUUCGAUCAAGAGAUCGGUCUUCAACAGAAAAGCAUGACUGGGAUCCUCCAGACAGAAAAGUGGACACGAGAAAAUUCCGUUCUGAGCCAAGGAGUAUUUUUGAAUAUGAACCCGGGAAGUCAUCAAUUCUGCAGCAUGAAAGACCUCCCCCUCUCCCAACAACUCUGACACCUGUUCCAAGGGAAGCUGGCCGGAAGCCUAUUUCUAUCCCACCACAUGGAGAAGUAACUGGUAGCCCCUCCCCUCCGCCCAGGACUGGCUUCCCCACACCAAGCCUGAGCACCCCGGCUCUCUCUCCCAUCUGGACUGAUCGCAUAAAUCCAGAUGACAUAGAUUUAGAAAAUGAGCCCUGGUAUAAAUUCUUUUCAGAACUGGAGUUUGGACGCCCGCCUCCUAAAAAGGCUCUGGACUAUGUUCAAGAUCAUUCUUCUGGUGUUUCCAAUGAGGCCUCCUUGUAUCAAUCCUCUAUAGACAGAAGCCUGGAAAGACCCACUAGUUCUGCGAGCAUGGCCAGUGACUUCAGGAAAAGGAGGAAGAGCGAGCCUGCAGUGGGGCAGCCGAGGGGCUUGGGGGACCCCAGUGCAAGCAGGACCAGUCCCAGUCGAGCUGACCACCCAGGAUCAAGCUCCACCCUGACAAAGUCUUUCAUUAGUUCUUCUCCUUCUUCCCCAUCAAGAGCAAAAGGUGGGGAUGAUAGCAAAAUGUGUCCAUCCCUUUGCAGUUACUCAGGGCUCAACGGCCUCCCCUCCAAUGAGUUAGAUUACUGUAACACUUACGGACAGCAUUUGGACGUCCCCCGGGACUCACAGCGGGCCAUUACUUUCAAGAAUGGCUGGCAAAUGGCCCGACAAAAUGCAGAGAUCUGGAGCAGCACCGAAGAAACAGUUUCCCCCAAAAUCAAAUCCCGUAGUUGUGAUGAUCUCUUAAAUGAUGACUGCGAUAGCUUCCCUGACCCGAAAACCAAGUCGGAAAGUAUGGGCUCUCUGUUGUGUGAAGAGGACUCCAAGGAGACUUGCUCCAUGACGUGGGCUUCCCCCUAUGUCCAGGAGGGCCGCGGUAAUGGCAGAUCGAGGCUUCGACACAGGUCAGCCCACGAUGCCCCAGGGUUCCUAAAAAUGUACAAGAAAAUGCACCGCAUUAACCGCAAGGAUUUGAUGAAUUCAGAGGUGAUUUGCUCGGUGAAGUCGAGGAUAAUGCAGUAUGAAAAGGAGCAGCAGUGCAAGGGCCUGCUCCAUGGGUGGAGCCAGUCCUCCACGGAGGAGGUGCCCAGAGACAUGGUGCCCACCCGCAUCUCUGAAUUUGAAAAGCUGAUUCAAAAGUCCAAAUCCAUGCCAAAUUUAGGAGAUGAUAUGUUAUCUCCCGUAACCCUGGAAUCACAGCAAAAUGGUUUGUGUCCCAAAAGGCGAUUCUCCAUUGAGUCUUUGCUGGAAGAAGAAAAUCAAAGUCGACACCCUUCUCAGGUACAACAAAGCUACAAGUCUAAAACCCUGGUGCCAAUUCACAUUGAGGUCACCAGCGAUGAGCAACCAAGAACUCACGUGGAGUUUUCCGAUAGUGACCAAGACGGAGUUGUGUCUGACCACAGUGAUUACAUUCAUGUAGAAGGAUCCUCCUUUUGCAGUGAGAGUGAUUUCGAUCACUUUUCUUUCACGUCGUCUGAAAGUUUUUAUGGAUCCAGCCACCAUCACCACCACCAUCACCACCACCAUCACCGGCACCUCAUCAGCUCCUGCAAAGGAAGAUGCCCUGCCUCCUACACUCGAUUUACCACAAUGCUAAAACACGAAAGAGCUAAACAUGAACACAUCGAAGAGCCCAAAAGACAAGAAAUGGACCCCGGCCUUUCUAAACUUGCAUUUCUAGUCAGUCCCGUGCCUUUCCGGAGGAAAAAAAGUUCAACUCCCAAAAAACAGACUGAAAAGGCGAAAUGUAAAACGUCUGUAUUUGAGGCUCUGGACUCUGCCCUUAAAGACAUUUGUGACCAAAUUAAAGCUGAAAAGAGAAGAGGAAGUUUGCCAGACAACAGUAUAUUGCACCGUCUUAUCAGUGAACUGCUGCCAGAUAUUCCCGAAAGGAAUUCGUCACUUAACGCUCUGAAAAGGAGCCCCACGCACCAGCCUUUCCACCCACUGCCUCAAGAUGGUGCUGUUCGUUGUCCACUGUACCAGAACGAUUGUGGGAGAAUGCCACGCAGUGCCUCUUUCCAAGACGGGGACACCGCCAACAACAACUACCACCACCAAGACCAUGAGAGUGCGCUGCAUCUCCAAGACCGUGAGUCCCCUAGAAGUUACUCAUCCACUUCGACUGACUUGGGGAGAAGUGCACCGAGGGAAAGAAGAGGAACGCCAGAAAAAGAGAAAUUGCCUGCAAAAGCUGUUUACGAUUUUAAGGCUCAGACAUCUAAGGAGCUGUCAUUUAAGAAAGGAGAUACUGUCUACAUCCUCAGGAAAGUUGAUCAAAAUUGGUAUGAGGGAGAGCAUCACGGGAGAGUGGGCAUUUUCCCAAUCUCAUACGUAGAGAAACUCACCCCUCCUGAAAAAGCGCAGCCUGCGAGACCACCUCCCCCCGCCCAGCCUGGAGAAAUCGGAGAAGCUAUAGCCAAAUACAAUUUCAAUGCGGACACAAAUGUGGAGCUGUCACUGAGAAAGGGAGAUAGAGUUAUUCUUCUUAAAAGAGUUGAUCAAAACUGGUAUGAAGGUAAAAUUCCAGGAACCAACAGACAAGGCAUCUUCCCUGUUUCCUAUGUAGAAGUUGUCAAGAAGAAUACAACCAAAGGUGCUGAGGAUUACCCUGACCUUCCAAUACCCCACAGCUAUUCUAGUGACAGAAUCCACAGCUUAAGUUCAAAUAAGCCACAGCGUCCUGUGUUUACUCAUGAAAACAUUCAAGUUGGGGGGGAACCGUUUCAGGCUCUGUAUAACUAUACGCCUAGGAACGAAGAUGAGCUGGAGCUCAGAGAAAGUGAUGUCAUUGAUGUGAUGGAAAAAUGUGAUGACGGGUGGUUCGUGGGAACCUCAAGGAGAACCAAAUUCUUUGGUACUUUUCCAGGAAACUAUGUCAAGAGACUGUGAAUCACUCUCCCCCUUUAUUUAUGCUGACUUUCAGCACCAC